AUGGGAACUUUGAACAAGCAUAUCAGUUUGGCACUCCAUGUUGUGGGGAUAUAUGCAUUCUUUUUAGUAUUUGGUGUCUACGGUGAAAAGCUAACAACAACAACAUACAGUGGCCGAAAGUAUGAGUCUGCCUUGUUUCCGCUAAUUCUUCAAAGCCUAGGAGGCAUUGUAGUGGGGAGAAUAAUGAUGUGCCUUAGCAAGGAGACGGAGAAGGUUCACAGCAGAAGGGUGCUGCUCCAUUAUGCUUGCCUGGCAUCUUUAAGCCUAACAUCUUCCCAGCUGGGAUACAUCUCGCUUAGAUAUCUCAGCUAUCCAACCCUGAUCAUUGCAAAAUCCUGCAAGCUGCUUCCGAUUGCCUUGAUGAAUUUUCUGAUAUACAGAAGGACCCUGAGUUGCAGAAAGUAUCUGUCUCUGGGACUAAUAUCUCUGUCUGUCCUCUCUUUCUCGUUCUUCGAUAAAAGAAGCACAUCAACAUCCGGAUUUAGCAUCAUAGGGAUCCUGAUUCUUGUCACAAGCCUCCUUGCUGAUGGAAUCAUAAACUCAGGCCAAGACCAUUUGUUCCGGACAUUCAAGAUCUCAUCCUUCCAGAUGAUGUACUACACCAAUCUAUUUCGGUUCCUUAUAUCCUUCACAAUAAUCCUCUUAACAGACAACUUGAAGUACUCAAUUGGAUUUAUAAAGUCCACUCCCGAGGUUGUACCAGAUUUAUUCCUAUAUUCAACAUUCAACAUACUAGGCCAGAUUGUGAUAUACUCAAUGGUUCGAUCCCAUGGAUCCAUAACCCUCACCACAGUCAACCUUACAAGAAAGAUGUUUUCGAUCUUCCUGUCACUAAUUGUGUUUGGACAUAAGAUCGAGAAGGUUCAGGCACUUUCAAUACUCGGCGUGCUGGGGUCGAUAGCACUGGAAAUGGCAGACUCCAAAAGCCGGGGGGAAGCCAAAAAAGAAAAGGGUGUUUGA